CGCGGAAGUCGUUUUCGUUGAUCAACACACGUGAAGAAAGAUGGUGAGAUUUAAAUCGAGAUAUUUGCUGUGUGAAGUAAACGUGACAGAUCGAAACAGUCUAUCGUUGCUUGAUGAUCGGUCAAUCAAUGCAAUGGUCAAAGGAGCGGUGAGUCGAAUGCACGGUGACUACGGGGCAGCACUGUGCAACAUUGGAUUCACAGUAAAAUAUGUUAACGCCCACACUGGAAUUGUGUUCCUGCGAUGUCGGAAGAGCCACUACAGGACCAUCUGGUCUGCUCUGCCUUUCAUCUCCAUUCUGGAGAACAGAGGUCAUAAGGUGCCAUGUUUCCUGAACUGUUUACAUGUAGGAGGAACUAUCAGAACGUGUCAGAAGUUUCUGGUCCGAUAUAAUACACAGCAGCUGCAUCGGAUGCUCCCCAAUUGUCAGAGCGAAGCAGAAAGACUGGAGGUCGAGAGAGCAGUCUUGAGCUGCUCAAUCGUGAAAGGACAAGAGAAUGAAUAUGAAUUGGACAGUGAAGAGGAGGAAGAAGAGAUACCUGAACCUCCAUUCCAUGCAGUUGAUCAUUGAAUGUUAGGAGGAAGACAGUCAGUUCUGUCUCAAGACCUAUGGAACUCCUUGAAAAAGUUGCCCAGGGACCCUGAGAAAUUGUUUGCCUUACAAAUUGGGCAUGGUAACAAUAGACAUGUUUAUACAGUGUAAAUAGUUUUCUGUUCAUAUUGUGAAAUGGAUUUUGGCCUGUUAAAACAAUAAAAGUGAACAUUUAAUUAACU